AUGCCUACGGACGAGGCAUACGAUCUCAGCACAGCUGAUGGUGUCUUGCGCUACCUCCGCGGCACGCCUUUCUCGAGCAGCCGCGUAACGCCUCUGACUGGCGGAUUCGGCAACUUCACCUUUCGUCUCUCGCUCGACGUACCUUUCCAUGGGUCCUGCACGGUGAUCCUGAAGCAUGCGAAACCAUACGUGGCAUUGAAUCCGAGCAUACCCUUCAAUCCUGAAAGACAGGUGUUCGAAGCGGAAUGCCUCAAGAAGGUCCGAGGGCUCCUUGUCGAGGACUCGUUGAUCACCGCCCCAGUUCUCCGUCAUUUCGACCAAGAUGCGAACGUCAUCAUCAUGGAUGACUGUGGGGAGGCGGCUAGCACUUUGAAGGAGCUGGUGCUGAGCAAUGCUCUGACACCUAGCACGGGGUCCCAGAUCGGGCGGGAGAUAGGCAAAUUCCUCGCCCGCAUCCACAGCCAGAAUGCCAAUACCAAGGAUCUCUGCAACACCUUGGAUGCAAACGAGCAAGGGCGUAAAAUGAGCGCCUGGGUGACGUACGGCAGGCUAAUCGACACUCUGUCUGGAAAUUCGAAGCUUCCCCUGCUCCCUGCGCCUGCGGAGGUCGCCGCUUCCGACCUUGAAUUCAUCCGCGGGCUCGCAGGGCGCACAAUUGAAAGGAUCAACACAGCGCACGGCACAGUGACCCAUGGGGAUUUCUGGCCAGGAAACAUUCUUGUCAAGCUCGGCACAUCUGAAUCUGGAGAGCAAGUCGUCGAAGGGAUAUUUGUCGUUGACUGGGAGAUGGCCAAGCCUGGUAUUCCAGGCUUAGACCUAGGUCAGGCAUUUGCCGAGGUGCACCUCUUGCAACGCUUCCACCCCCAGGUCAAGGAUGUUGCCGCUUCUUUGCUGUCCGGCAUAACAGAGACAUACAGUAGCCUAAUCCCCGUAAACGAGCAGCUGGUUCGCGAUGCUGCCACUCAUGUAGGUGCGCACCUGGUUGCGGUUACGCCAAGAGUGCCAUGGGGCACGGCGGAGAAAACCGGAGAGGUCGUGGAAGAGGGCACCCAGUGGCUGUUGAAAAGCAAUCCUAUGGCCACAGAGCUCUAUCUCCCCCAGACUCUACCGUUUCCGAUCAAGAUUGUCUCUCUGGAUGUCUCAAAUAGCGCCUCAGUUGACCGGGGCACCCGUCUGCUCAGCUAUUCGUUCGAAUACACCGGAUCAGGCCCCGACCCCAAACGGGAAACGCGAUAUGGAACCUGGGACUCCACCAUCGAAGGCACCCUCGAAGGCUGGAAGGUUCGCAGAGGCGAAGUUGUAACCAAAGAACGAGCGCGGGGCAAACCCGUCGUUGCUAUCGUCGAACCAUGCACGCACGGUGUUCAAAUUCAUGGCAUGUGCGGAUUAUGCGGGAAGGAUAUGACAGACCAUGAUUACACCGGCUUCUCCGAUGCCGCUCGAGCUCAUAUUCAGAUGACACACUUGGCGAAUGGACCUACCGUUUCGCUGCAGGAAGCGCAGCGGCUGGAGAGAGAGACAGCGGACCACCUCCUCAAAUCCCGCAAACUAUCAUUGAUCGUAGAUUUGGAUCAGACCAUCGUUCACGCUACGGUCGACCCUACCGUCGGAGAAUGGAUCGCAGAAGGUGAGGCAUGGGAAGCCCGCCAAGCGCAGAAGGCAGCGUCGGGAAAGGAGAAGGGCUCAGACGGCUCCGACUCCGAUAGCGACGAAGAGGAUGAGGUUAAUCCGAACUGGGAAGCCCUUAAGGAUGUGAAGAAGUUCCGUCUAGCACCAGAAAUCCUCGGGACCCCUCGGUUCAAGGGCCCCAAGUCGAAAACGAAAGUCAUCGAAGACGAAGGUUGCUUAUACUACAUCAAACCCAGGCCAGGAUGGCACGAAUUCCUCCAUACACUAUCCGAGAAAUACGAGAUGCACGUGUAUACGAUGGGUACUAGAGCCUACGCCGAGGAGGUGUGUAAGGCCAUAGACCCUGAGGGCCAGAUCUUCGGCAAUCGUAUUCUGAGUCGAGAUGAGAGCGGCAGUCUCACUCAGAAAAGCUUGCAGAGGUUGUUUCCGUGCGAUACGUCGAUGGUUGUUAUUAUCGACGACCGAGCAGACGUUUGGGAAUGGAGUCCGAACCUCAUCAAGGUUAUUCCCUACGAUUUCUUUGUGGGGAUCGGCGACAUCAACUCCGCAUUCCUACCAAAGCUUGAUCCUGUCGCUGCCGUGCCCGUGAGCGAGACAGCCACGGCGGCGAAAGCGGAACCUGCUGUUGCCGACUCGGGUGCGGUCAUUGACGAUUCAACGACCCAGGAGACUGCAGAGGCGGAUGGUGAUGCCACGACGAAGGACGAAAUGCUCACGCAAAACACGCUCGCUUUGGAAGCCCAAGUUGAAGAGCGACCACUUGCGAAGAAACAGGAAGAGCUGCAGAGCGAUGAAACGAUAGAAUCGGGCGUCCCUCUUUCGACAAUCAAUUUUGCGACAGCCGAUGAGGGUCAGCCGCAAGGACAGAGCAGUGCUAAGGAAGACGGGGAUGUAAGAGUGAAGAAGGAGAAGCAUGUGCGAAAAGCACUUCUCAGGAAUGAUGACGUUGAGCUCCAGCGAGUCCGCCGGCUUCUGGAGCAGGUUCACAGUACGUUCUACGCUGAUUACGACGCAUCGAAGAAAAAGACGGAUAACCUCAGCGUACCCAAACGUAAGCAAAGAACGCAGGAAACACUGCCUUACGAUGUGAAGCUUAUCAUCCCUCGAUUACGUUCUAACGUCUUCGAUGGUGUUCAUUUGGUAUUCUCUGGCGUGAUACCGCUUGAAAGCAACAAUAUGCCCAUCGAUCCCGAGGCGACCGAAAUUUGGCGGACAGCGAUCAGAUUCGGUGCGCGAUGUUAUAAGGAGAUGAACGAGGCGGUGACGCACGUUGUCGCGACACCUGAGGGGGUCGAGCGUCGCACCUCGAAAAUCAACACCGCGCGGGCGCGCGGCAUUCCUGUGGUGUCGAUUAGCUGGUUUCAUGACUCAGUUGCGCUGUGGCAACGUCUUGACGAGCGACCGUAUUCAUUCGACCUGAGAUCGGUUGCAGAGCAAAACGGACCUGCGAGUGCCAGCAGUCCUUUCGUGGAUCAGCAGUCGUCGUCUGAUAUCGAACCGGACACAGAUGAUUGGGACAGCGACGUUGAACGCACCGCGCCACAGUCAGCCGAAGCAGCUCAAGGGGAGCCAUUGCUGCUGGAUGCCGUCGCGUGGGAUGACAUCAACGACGAAGUUGAGGCGGCCAUGAUGGAGAGUGACGAUGAGGACAUUCGGACCGAAGGAGGUGUCAAGAACGCGGAUGCUUCAGAGGACGAAGGGAGUGAGAGUAACAGCACAACAAGUAGCGCAACAUCUACCCCGCGACGCAAACGCAAACGUUUACGCAGUCUUACGCCGUCUGAAUUGGGCAUGAAUGGGAACAAUGCCCAUGAUCUGCUCAGAUCACCGUUGUCGAAGCGGAAGAAGCUGGCUGCGGAUCGCGAAUCGAAACUGAAGGAAGAAGUCUCGGUGGAGGAGUUAGAAAACGGCAACGGUGAUCAGCGAUCCACAGACGGUGUUUCCGAUGCCUCGCGGCUCGGCGAUGAUGACCAAUCAGACGACGAUGCAGAGGGUGACGAUGAAGCGGAUCAGGAAAUAGACGAAGACCUUCUCAGGGAACUGGGCGAGGACUGGGGGUAGCACUUGCGGCACUCUGACUGUUUGUCCCUUCGAGAUGCUUACAUAUCUAGCUUCUGUAUUUUUAGCCGUGCACGAUCUAUUUGUAAACGGG